AUGGUCUCUGAAGAGUCAGUCAGCUGCCCUUGUAGCGGAGUUAGAAGAGAAGGCCCCGAUCUUUGGCAGGAGUUAUUUCCUUCACUAGCUUCCUUGUCUACACAGGGCCCGUUACAGGCUGAAGUGGUCUCAAUGAUGCUGAGAUGGCUUCCUGAAGAUAUUACAGUUCACAAUGAGGACGUGGAAGGUGACAGGCGUCGGCUACUGUUGCGGGGACUUACUGAAUCUUUGCCUGAGAUUUUGCCGUUAUUGUAUAAUCUUCUCGAGAGACACUAUGGAGCUGCGAUGAGUGAAGCUAGUAGGCAACAGGUUGACUUGGCAAAACAGCAUGCGGCUGUGGUUAUGGCUUGUAUAAAUGCUGUCAAUGCAUACGCCGAAUGGGCCCCUGUUCUAGAUCUUUCUAGAUAUGGGAUUAUUAAUGGGUGCGGGGCCUUACUUUCUUCUCCUGACUUCCGUCUUCACGCUUGUGAGUUUUUCAAACUUGUCUGCUCAAGGUAUGCAACUGGGCUGUUUGACAUGAUAUCCUGA